AUGGGGUCUUGUCAAAUUUGCAAUGGUUUCUAGGUAAAAGAGAUUAAAGAAGAAAAACUAUUAGAAAUGUUAAAAAAAGAACCAACACAUAGAUAAGUAGCAUUAAUUCAGGCAAGGUUUAGAGGAAUCUUAACAAGAAGAAGAGUUCUAAUUCAUAAAUAAAAAGAAAACAAUAAUUAGCAAUAAUAAAAUUCAUUGACAGAAGACUUAAUUUGUUAUGAAUAGGUUUAACAAACAAUAACAGAAAGAUCAACUGUAGCUUAAUAACAAGAGGAACAUGUAGCUAUAUCAAUAUCACAAGAAAUAAAGAAUAGCUACAAGUGGUAAAAUGGGACAAUGACUGGGUUUGGUAGAUUGGUGAUGGAUGACGGGUAUUAGAAUAAAAUAAUCAUAGUUGUUUCUUGGAAGGCAUGGUAUAGAAUUAUAUUUAAAUAAGUGGUUGAAUGGAUAUUUGAAUGGAUAAGGACUUUACAAUGCAUCUAAUGGAACAUAUUAUAAAGGAGAGUGGUAAAAUAGCUAAAUAAAUGGUAAAGGUUCUUAUUUUAAUUCACUUUAAAAUAUUAAAUAUGAAGGUAAAUUUAUCUUUAAUUGAAUUAGGAGAAUGGUAAAAUAAUUUAUAACAUGGUGAAGGAACUGAAACUUAUAAGGAUAAAGCAAUUUAUACUGGAACAUUUAAAAAAGGUCUUAAGGAUGGAAUUGGCAAAUUCGUUUUUAAUGAUGGGUCUUAUUAUGAAGGAUAAUUUUCUUAAGACAAGUUUCAUGGAAAAGGAAAAUUAGUAUACCAAAUUUUAUAAUAAAAAGGUGUGGGAUUGUGAUUAAAAAGUUUAUAAUGGAGAAUGGUAGAAUGGUAAAAAACAUGGUUUUGGUUAGUUAUAAGUUAAAGGAAAAUAUACAUAUGAAGGCAAUUAUAAAGAUGGACUUAAAAAUGGAGUUGGAUUAUUAGUUUGGGAUGAUGGUAGAAAAUACUAAGGGGAGUGGAGAGAUGGAUAAUAAUCUGGAAAUGGAACAUUUUAUAACUAAAAAGGAGAAAUCUUCAAUGGUGUCUGGAAAUUCGGAUUAAUCCAAAACCAUUGA